AUGUACUACCAAGAUGUACUUCACUCUGUCCUGCUACUUAGUGCAGCCUUUACGACCGCUCAAGCAUGGCAGCAGACCGAUGAUGGCGACGUCAAGGAACCCCCAUAUCCUCUGCGAUGCCAACCAGACCCCUGCGCCAACAUCACUUUCUCCAACGCAUCAUAUGUCUGCGGUGAUUUCCGCCUAGGUCCGGUCAAACUUCCUAGGUAUUUUCCCCUUUCGACAGAGUUGGCGACGUAUGCCCGAUUUGGCGAUCUUUGCCCGUACGAAUUCCUUGCGAAGUGGACAUGGGACAACGGGUCGUAUCACUAUCCUGAUGAACAUGGAUUCGUGUUGGACAAUUCUGGAGCACCAAUUUUGGGCAAUACAACCCUUCCAGUUGGCCAAAAAGUCGACCGUUUUGGUGGUGAAACUGGCAACUAUUUUAGCCCCUUGGGUGCGCCUUACAUUGAAAGGGCGUUGCCCCCAUACAACCUAGACAACAAUGACGGCGAUUACCCAUACAACUAUCAUGUUUACGAGGUGAUUCAGGAGCUCCCGGUCACUCUUGGGCCAGUUACGCCAUGGUUUGAACAACCUGGGAUGGGAACACAAUUUACCAAUCCCAUGACUAUGGCCGAGCUGGUAGACAAAAAUUUCCUAAGGCGUCUUGCCAGGUCAGAGUAUGACAACAAAGCAGACUUUGCGGACAAUUACACGCCCGGGCCAAACAGCUGA